GUACAGCUGUGGCAUUAUCAGCUAUUUCAUGCCACCACACAAGUGAGUUGAAGAUGGUUCCACCUGGCACAAUGGAGCACCAUGUGGCCUCACUCCAUUUACAAGCUGAGUCUCCAUCACAAAUAAUGAUCUUUUGAAUACUGUGGCUCUGUGCAUUGGAUUUGAAACGGCCUGCGUGUCAAUCUCAGAAGUUUUAUGGCAGCAAAAAGUAUCAUCCAGUCUAAGCAGGCUGCAGAAGCCAUUGGUGGAAUCCUGACAGAGGUCGUAUGUACAAUAUUCAGUGAUCAUGUCUUUCUUUUGGUCACACAGUAUGGCAAAAUGGGGACUUUGAUUUCUGUGACACCACAUGUUGUUGCAAAUGAAAUCGGCAAACCCACUUUUAGUACAAAGAUCUUAAUGGGGAAAGAUGAGCCUUUGACCCAUGUGUAUGCAAAGCACCUUGUAACAUUCGUGUGUGAAGAGUCUGGCAACAAACCAGUGCUACUUGCGUUGGCUCUGAAAGACCCAAACCUAGAGAAUAUUAAAUCCAUCAAACAGUUGAUUCAGAGUUGCCGACUUUGGUGAAAAUAUUUGCGAAAUGUCAUGGCUGAAACGGAUAAAAUAUUAGUAAAAGAGCACUGACUUUAUUCCACCUUGGUAAGGACAUCAAAACAAAAUGUGUUUCACAAUUCAAAUAAGAUUUUUUUUAAAGCAGAGGACAUAUGUUCCUAAUGGAAAAGAGGAGCAGUCUUGAAUUCUUAUUUCUGAUAGUUUGGAGUUCAACAACAGGUUAACCGGAACACCACUUUUCAGAGAUAUCAACACUCUCCUGAAGUUAUAAUUAAUUCUUUGCUGUACCUGGGAGUGGGAGGUCCAGAUGGAACAUUAAUAAUGGCCAGACCACUGACUUUUCAUUCCAUGCUCCGGUGUUCAAGAUGAAAAGAAGAGAAAUUGAUGAAAUGUAAAUCUCAAAUAUAUUGGAAUAAAAUGAUGGGUGUAAUGUC